AUGUUUUCCUUGGGCGAAGCUUUUGGAGGCCAUAGGCAACAACAACACAGACACACUUUAAACGACAAUCCUCCUCCAACUUCUUUAACUUCAAAUAAUUCUGGAAGGGAAGAAGGAAUGUUAAGUGCUUUUGGUUCUCCUCCUCCUCCACCAACUUCUAAUUCCGCAGCCCCUCCACAUUCUUUAGCAGAUUUGGCAUCAACAGCAAAUUCUUUAUUGUAUGCUUUACAGUCUUCUCAAUCGAAUGCUGUUAUUGCUGCUAAUACUAUUUUGCAAAACUUUGUGAGUGCUCUCCCUCACCAAACAUCUUCUUCAUCUUCCCUGGGACAAAAUGCCCCAAAAAUAGAAAAUUCCCAAAUCCAACAAAAAUCGUUUUCCACUUCCUCCACAACAAAUAUAGAGACAACAAACAACAAUUCUAAUAACCCUCUAAUUAAUGGGUUGUCUAAUAAAUACAACAAACCACCAUUAUUGGAUGAUGGAGGGAGAUAUAACCAACAAGAAAUUUUUAAUCAACAAAGUUCACCAUGUUCCUCUUCUCGAAGUACCACACCCACACCAUUGGUAUCUUCCACAACAAACCCAAAACCUUUUAUUAAUGGAAACGGAGACCCUCCACACUUUCAAAUAGGAAAAUUCACUCUAGCAGCUAAACUAAACUCGAAUAAAUCUGAGGGCUGUUUGGAACUUUAUGGAGGACAACAACAAAGUAGUAAUUCUUCGGCUGAUACUCCAACUAAUGGACAACCUAUGGAAAUUAAUGUUUGCAAUGUUUGUGGCGACGAAGCUUCUGGUCGUCAUUACGGUGCUUCUACUUGCUUUGGUUGUAAAGGGUUUUUUCGUAGAACUGUGCGGGCUAAUAAACAAUAUAACUGCCGAUAUGAAGAAAAAUGUCAAAUUGAUAAAGUCGGCCGCAACAUUUGCCGUGCUUGCCGUUUCCAAAAAUGUUUAACUGUCGGGAUGGAACCAGAAGCAAUCCGUCCAGACCGCGACAAGACUGGAAAACAACGAAAUCCUCGGCGUUCUUCCCACACUUUGGGUACCUCCUCUCUUUAUUCAAACGGCGGUUAUUUUGAUGGGACUACGUCUGGGGGUACUUUAACUAUAAAAUCUCAAUCAACAAAUACUUCUGUGGCUGGAGAAUUAAAUCAAUUAAUUACUGACGAAGAUUUUUAUCUAAAUAACGGUAAAUUUUUUAAAAUUUACGAUUAGGAGUUCUAGGACGAGAGCUGAUAAAAUCAGAAGUUAGUUUUAGCCACUAUAAAAUGGCUUACAAAAAUACAAUUUAAUUUUUGAUCUAUUGGGUUGUCGCACAUACUUGUAAAAAUUAAUAAAUGAUCUGUAAAUAAGAUAAUUCAUAUUGUACAGAAUUUU